GCGUUAUACAUCGUUAUACAUGUUUCAAAUGUCAUAUGUAUGAGUUUUUUAUUGAUUUUGUUAUAAAUUUUGGUGGACGAGCGGUGGCGGCGACAUGCGCCAACGAACGAGCUCGAUCGACGUCGAUAAUUUACCGAUUUUUCGUGUAACGAUCUACCCCCUGCAACGCGACGACAUUUUUUCACAUCGAUAUAUAGAAGUAUAAAACGACAAAACGAAUUGUCAACGACGAUGACAACGACGAAGACGACGACGACAACGAUAACGACGACGAUACGAGUGCGUUGUGAGAGUGAAAUUGUCUGUGGCACAGUUUGGUGAAUCGACGAGUUUUUAAAAUCCAAAUCAGAGUGUAAAUCAAGAAAGUGUGUGUAUGUGUAUCAAAAUCAUACUUGAUCAAGUGUCACAAUUGUGGAUUAUUACAUGGCCGGUUGAAAAAUUAGGCAGUGCAGUUAUAAACACACCCACGCGCAUCACACACACAGAUGCUAAAUGGCGCCCCCGGACAGAUUCAUGAGAUGCAGCAGCAGCGCUAGCGCGAAGCAUCAUCAUCAUCUUCGCGCGGUCGGGACAGUAGCGGCUUCUUCGGCCGCGAGCCUCGUCACGCACUCCGUGCUCGAUCUGGCACAGAUUCGCGCCCUCGUGGAUUCAACAGGUGGCGGUGGCGGUGGCCUCAAUGGCUCGGCAUCGACGAGCGGCAUCGGCAUCUCCGCGUCGCAUCUCUGCCCGUCCUGCGAGAUGCCCUUCGACAAGGGCAAAAAGCGCCGACUGAUCGACUCGUGCGGCCACGACCGCUGCUACUCCUGCCUCGUGCGCACCCAAAUCUGUCCCCUCUGCAGCUGUCUGCCGUAUAGCAACAACAACUUCAACGCGAGCAGCAGCAAGUCGUUCGAGGACGAUGACGAUGAAGACGAUAUCGACGCGGACGAUGACAUCGACGAUGAUUACGACGAGGAAAACGACGACGAGAACGAGUCGUCGUUUCUGAGGCCGAAAGGGAGGAGGACUCGCGGAUUCGCCGGCAGUCGGCAGAGCAGCGCAGCGGGCGGAGACUGGCUGGAGAGCGCCUCGCUCUGCGCCAGGCAGAAGAAUUCGAAGAAUUUCAAAACGUCGACGAUCAAGGCCAACGACGAUGUGAAACUGUUGAAAGGAAAACCUCCGAUUCUGCCCGAGUCGCGGCUCAAAUCUCAGGACAUGACCAAAAGUUGUCCCACGCCACCGAGUCAGCGUAAAAAGUUUUUCCUCAACGGCAAGCUGCGCAGUCCCUUCGGCUCCUCGGCACACAAGCAGCUGCUCAUCAACAACAACAAUAACAACAACAAGCGCGAAAGAUCGACCGAGAAUCCCGCCGACAGCGAGAGUCCUUCAGCGAUAUCAGAAGAUGAAGGCAUCAUCGGCACGACCAAAGAAACCAACGGCGCUGGAGUCGGUCAGUCGACGCGACGUUCCGGCAACUCGGACCUGUACAUGCGUCUGGGCCUGCUCCUGGGCAACGAUCACCAUCAUCAAUCGUCCUCGUCGCAUCAUCAAAAACUACGUUCCGCUCCGGCGACGAGGGCCAGUUCGGUGGCGAAGAACGAAACAGAUCAGACGUCGUCGGCUCGAUUACCACCCGCGGCAGCUUCGACCAACACUAGUCCCGUUUCGACGCUCACGGGCGCGUCGAGCGAGGCCGAGAUCUGCAACGCGAACAACAACAACAACAGCAACGGCAGCAGUGCUCGGGCUACUCUGCGCGGCGGCAUCUCGGCGGCCUGCAGUCCUCUGCUGCAGCACAAAUUCUCGCGGCUGAGAUCGUCCGCCGGUAAAGGCAGCAAGAAGUAUCAACAGUUGCAACACCAGCAGCAGCAGCAGACAAGCAGCAAUGCCGGAAGCGUCGCGUCCAUCUCGACGUCCGCCUCGACGUCCAUGUCGAUGUCGCAGCAGUCGGGCGUCUCGAUCUCGGGCCUGUCGAACGCCAGCUCGACCGAGAGUCCGCGAGUCUCGAGGCGGCGACACUCCGUGACCAACGGACAGAUCGUCGUCGUCGGCGAUCAGCAACAACAGGCCGGUGGAUCGGCCAAGAACAGCAGGAGGCAUCAGCACGCGCGCAGAUCGGCGAGGGCCUACAAUUACAAAGGGCCCGGCUUGGAUCCGCAGAUUCGAUUCCUGCAGCAGCAGGCGCAGCUGCAGCUGAAGCCGCUGUUUUUCGAGGUGCCGCAGGUCGAGAGCGAGCCCCUGUUCGUCGGCCGCCAGUGGCUGCUGCAGGAGCUCAAGCAGGUGGUCGAGGGCACGGCACCCGGGGCCCUGGUCGUCGGCUCGCCCGGCACCGGCAAGACCGCCCUCGUGCUCCAGCUGGUCGAUCGCAGCUGCUUCGGUCGCAAGCACAAGGCCGAUCAUCGAACGACGACUACGGCCUCUUUGGAGAUCGGCAGCUGCACCGAGUCCCUGCUCCAGGAUCUCGCCACCAGCGUGGUGGCCUAUCACUUCUGCCAGACGGAGAACAACGCCACCUGCCUGGUGCCCGAUCUCGUGCACUCGCUGGCGGCUCAGCUCUGCCAGGCGCCCCAGCUCGCCGCAUAUCGCGAGUACCUGCUGUCGGAGCCGCAUUUGCAGGGCGCCCUCAGCCAGAAGGAGUGCACCGUCGAUCCGGAUCUGGCCCUGCAGCGGGGCGUCCUCGAGCCGCUGCAGCUGCUCCGCAGAGCCGGCAGACUGCCCGACUGUCGGCUGCUCGUGCUCGUGGACGCGGUCUGCGCCGCCGAGUAUCACGCGCCCGAUCGCGGCGACACCGUGGCGAGCUUCCUGGCCCGUCACGCCGCCGGUCUGCCCAGUUGGCUGAAGCUCGUGGUGACGGUGCGCAGCCAGCUGGUCGAUCAGUGCGCCAAGCAGCUGGCCUAUCCGCGACUCUGCCUCGACAGUAGAAGCGGCAGCGGUAGCGGCGGUAGGGCUGGUGGUGGUGCUGCUGCUGCGGCGGGACUGCAGGUCGAUCAAGCCCUCAACGUCAGCCGCGAUUUGGCUGACUACAUAAAUCUGAGGAUCAGUCAGAGCCCGGCGAUACAGGCCAACGUGACGGCGGCCGGGUCUCAGAAUCAUUAUCAUCAUCAUAAUCAUCAUCAGACGACCAAGUCGUCGGCGGUCGAGGCGUCGCGCUUCGCCGCCCACCUGCUGAAUCUCGCCCAGGGCAGCUUCCUCUUCGCCAAGAUGACCCUGGAUCUGCUCGAGAGCGGACAUCUCGUAGCCAAAUCGUCCAGUUACAAAGUCCUACCCGUAUCCCUGGCUCAGAUCUACCAGCUGCACUUCAAUCUGCGCUUCCCCACGGACUCCUCGUUCGAGCGGGUCUCGUCGAUCCUCGGCGUCUGUCUCGCGGCCCUGUCGCCGCUCACCCUGCCCGAGAUCUAUCGCUCCUGCAACUCGCUCGAGAAUCGCGUCUCGCUCGCCUGGGAGGACUUUUUGCAGAGAUUUAAGAUGCUCUCGGGCUUCCUGGUGAAGCGCCUCGACGACACGUACAUGUUCUUCCAUCCGUCGUUCAGGGAGUGGCUGAUAAGGCGCGACGAGGGCGAGUCCUUCAAGUUCCAGUGCGAUCUGCGCCACGGCCACGCCGCGCACGCCUUCCGCCUGACGAAGCUGGAGGCGCCGCUCGACGGCGAGCGCACCCUCGAGCUGGGCCAUCACGUGCUCAAGGCCCAUCUGUUUCGAGGCUGCAACAAUACAAACAGCGGCGGCGGCACCUCGGCUUCGUGGCCGUCGCGCGACCUGCAGGCCGUCUGGCUGGCCACCGCCUCGCAAAACACCUCCGCGGCCCUGUGCACCCUGCGCAACGUCUACAGUCCCAACGUCAAGGUGUCGCGGCUGCUGCUGCUGGCCGGAGCCUCGCCCGACGCCGUCACCGACUAUCUCGGCUCGGCGCCGAUCCUCUGCAUGUACGCGCACGAGGGCAGCUGCGAGAUGGUCUCGCUGCUGCUGGACUUUGGCGCCAACGUCGAUCUGGCCAACAGUCAGGGCUGCACGGCGCUGAUCCUGGCCGCAGCCCGGGGCCACUGCGACGUGGUGAGGCGUCUCGCCGCGGCCGGAGCCACCCUCGGCCGCACCGACACCUCGCGCCAGUGCGCCCUGGUGCACGCGGCCAGACGCGGUCGACUCGCCGUGGUCGGCUACCUGCUGGCCUGCGACUGGCUAACGACGACGACGACGAACAACGACGGUGGUCAUCGUCGGUUGGGCAGCGGCAGGAACGUGGAUCGAGACGAGGCGGCGCUGCAGGCCCUCGUCGCGGCGGCGGCCCAGGGCCACGAGGCCGUCGUCGAGUUUCUGCUCGACAUGUCCGAGGUCGGCGUCGACGAGGUGGACACCCUACUGGGCGAGACGGCUCUGAGCGUGGCCGCCGCGAACGGCUCCACGACCACCGUGUCGGCUCUGCUGGCCCGUGGUGCCGCGCCCGAAGUGCCCAACGCCAAGGGACUCACGCCGCUGAUGCUUGCGGCCCGAGAGGGUAACUGGGCCACCGCCGAGCGACUGCUGCAACCGAUGGGCAGCCUCAACGGUCGACGCAGUAACGAGGACGGCGGUGAGACGCAAACGACGCGAUUGCUGAAACAACGGGACCCGGAAGGCAUGACUGCCCUGAUGCUGGCUGCCCAGGAGGGUCACGCCAAUCUGUGCGAGCUGCUGCUGGACAAGGGGGCCCAGCUCGAGGAUCAGGACGUGCGGGGCCACGGCGCGUUGACCUGGGCCUGCAUGCGGGGACGCGUCCAGGCGGUGCAGCUGCUGCUGGAGCGAGGGGCCGACGUGGCCGCUUGCGACAGGGCUGGAAGAUCGCCCCUGGAUUUGGCAGCCUGUCAGGUAAAUCCAAAGAUCGUGCAGCUGCUGCUGGACAAGGGCGCGGCGAUCGAGCACGUCGAUCACAAGGGCAUGCGACCGCUCGACCGGGCGAUCGGCAGCCGCAAUCUGCCCGUGGUCCAGUCCUUUCUGCGCCUCGGCGCCAAGCUCGGCCCCGUCACCUGGACCUGCGCCAGCGGCAAGCCCGACAUGCUGCUCGUGCUGCUCAACAAGCUGCUCGAGGACGGCAACGUGCUGUUUCGCAAGUCGCGCUUCAAGGAGGCCGGCCAUCGCUACAUCUACGCGCUGAAAAAGUUCCCGGAGGUGCCCGAGGCCAGCGACCAGCCCGAGCACGAGGACCGCAGCAACAGGCUGGCCCACGCCGCGGCCUUCGUCCAGCUGAGGAUCAACUUUCUCCUGAAUCUCAGCCGAUGCAAGCGAAAGACCAACGAAUUCGAGGAGGCGAACGAGAUAGCCGACGAGGUGCUGAAGAUCCGGCCGCACUCGUUCGAGGCCUAUUACGCCCGGGCCCGCGGCAACAUGAAUCUCGACCGGCUCGAGGAGGCCCUGCGCGACUGCGAGGCCGGACUGCGACACGUGCCCGAGCAAGCGCGACACGACCGUCGGGCCUUCCGCCAGCUCAGGGAGCAGAUACUCUCGAUGAUCAACGGCACCGAGAUACGCACCGACAAGUCCGGCCAGAUCAUCGUGCGCGCCUCCAUCGACAGAUCGACUGAAUUGUAGAUUUUAGUUUAUUUUAAUUCCUUUUUUUUGUAUUAAAGCGUAUCGCGUAGCGAAUUAAGUUUUGAGAUUAUCGUUGUUGUUGUUAAUGUUGUUGUAUAGUCAAGUCAACGAGGAUCGUGAAAUGAAAAUUUAUAUGUAUCACGUGUGUGCCGUUUGUAAUCGACGCGUUUUUUUCGGGCAUCUAUGUAAUCGAUAAAAAAAAGCUUUUAACUAUAUGAUUGUAGAAUUAAUUUUGAGAUUAUCUAUACUGCAGCAUACGGGGGAGAAAAAUCGAAAAUGAAUAUAAUUUUACUCGUCCCGCGUGUGGGAUAAAUCGUUAUAUUAUGUAAUAAUGAUAAUAAUGUUGCACGCAUGCGAAUCUAUAGCUCUAUAAUAUUAGAUAAAUUCAAAGGGUUAACGUACAAUCGACGAGCCUUUGCGAACGACGAGAUGAGUUUGAGAACAAAAUAUACUCGUGUCAAACACGUGUGAAACCUAAGUUAUAAUAAAUUGUAAACCAAAAUUUAGUCAAUUAAACGAUAUAUAUCGCGCGCUUCAAGCUUUUUAUGCAUAUAUAUUAUUAUGAUAUUAUAUAUAGUGAAAUUCGAAAAGCUUAUUAGGCUUCUUGAAGAGAAGAAAUUAAAUUAUUCCUACCUUUCGGACAGUAUUCCCUUGAAAAUUAUAUUAUAUAUUUUGUAUUAGGAUCUUCCAAGCUUUACUUCGAAUUAUUGUCUAUCGUAUUUUAUGGAAUAAUCAAAUGUUUUAUGAAAAAUAUAUUGUUGUAAACAAAAUUAAAAUUACGAAAAAGCUAAUGAUUAAAUAAAUGAAAUUAUAUUAGUGUAAAAUACUUGCCAAGCACAAAAAUUAUAUUUUGCGACUGAUAUACUGUAGUCAGAUAUAAAUAAAAUUU